AUGGCCUUGGUCGCAUCGCUGCUCGAGCUCCCCAAGACUUCCAACGGUCUCGAGACCUUUGGAAUUGGAAUUCAAGACAACUCAAAUGAUGGGUCGGCAUCUCCUCGUCGCAAAAUAGCCCGUCUGGACGCCGACUCUGAUAUUGCUUCUAGGUCGAAGACAAAGACUACACCGUCUGGACCUUUUGUGAUUCGUAUAAUUGGAGAGGAUAUAGCUUCGAAGGAUCAGGCAGAAAUAAGGAGGGGAUUGCUGGGAUCUGUAAACCGAUGCGUCCGGCACAUCUUGACGGUUGGGCAAGACGCAACGGCGUUACCAAUGUCAUACGAGAAGAUUUACCAAGAUUGUCGCUCAAUCGUUACUGUUCAUAGUGCCGGUUCCGAGCUUUACGAUUACGUGAAGCUGGACUUGGAACAAGCAAUGUCCAAACUGGCCAGCCACCUCCUUACCUUCGACGCGCAGGAGAAGGUGAAGUGGUUAAGUUUCUUCGCGCAGAAUCUGAAGUGGUUUGAUGGACGAAUUACAUUGCUGCAGUCGCUGUUGACAUACCUCGAUCAAGUUUACGUCGCAAAUCACAGCUUGACCAAGACUACAAUCCACGACCUUGCCUAUGGCCUGUUUGCGGAUCGCAUCUUCUCUAACCCUGACAUCAGAGAUCGCCUCCUCUCAGGGCUCUCCAGUUGGCUCAAGUACGAGCGCGACAACGUUACGCGAGCGGAGGAGCGUCCACAGAUCGCAGAGCUGAUCAAAUAUCUCAUCAACCACAAUCAGUAUAGGACGUUCGAAGAACACUACCUCGAGGUUACACAGUUUUACUACCGAAGGGAAUCCAAGGCCAAGGUCGAGAGCAUGCGAGACAACCCCAAAGGCUUCUUCAAUCUCAUCGAGUCGAGGAUCAAGCAAGAAAUCGAGAGGUCUCGCGAGCUUCUGCAAGUUGGCACUUGGAGUAUCGCACUGGAGACGACAGAAACAGCCUUGCUAGACGGAAGAGUCGAUUUCCUUUCCACUUCACUCGUUCCACUGCUUCUCGGAGAAAGCGAUAUCGAUACUUUGGGUGCACUAUACUCUCGCCUGAACCGUGUCGACGCCCUCAAGCCCCUUGCGCAAGCCUUCAAGGAGUAUGUCCAGGGUGAAGUGAAGACCAUCGUCACCGACACCGAGCGGGACAGCGAAAUGGUCGAAAGGCUGCUUGACCUCAACCGACUCGCACACAAAGCUAUUGAUCAGGCCUUUGUUAAGGUCUCACAACCAUCCCAGAAACCGUCUACCAGCGCAACCCCGGUCGAACCGGAGAAGAAACCCGACCAGGAAUUCAUCUACGCGAUGGAGGACGCGUUCAAUCGCGGUUUCCGUUUCCGCCGCAACAAACCUGCAGAAAUGAUCGCCAAGUACCUCGACAAGCAGCUUCGCAAGGGUCAGAAGGGCAUGAAGGACGCAGAGUUCCAGGCUGAAUUGAGCAGGGUGCUGCCACUGUAUCGCUUCACGGAGGACAAGGACGUGUUUAGGACGUUCUACCACCGCAUGCUCUCCAAGAGGCUGUUGCUCGGAAAGUCGGCGAGUACCGACAUCGAGAAAUGGAUGCUGAAGCAGCUCAAAGACAAAUACGAUCCCGAAUUCGGAACGGCGGAGGACAUGUUCAAGGAUCUCAACUUGUCAAGGGACCUGGUCGAAGGAUUCCAUCGCAAGAACGACAACCCCGAGAGCCUCAAGCUCAAUGUCAUGGUUCUCCAACAGAGCGUAUGGCCGUUCUCCAGGCCGCAGACUGACGUGGAUUUGCCUGUCGAGAUGCAAGAUCAGCUGAUCAAGUUCACGGAGUACUACAAGGACCAGCAUCAGGGUCGCACUCUUCAUUGGGACCCAGCGCUAGGCACUGUGUCGCUCCGAGCCUCGUUCAAAGCUGGCGUGAAGGAGCUCUCUGUCAGCUUGUACCAGGCAAUCAUCCUGCUCCUCUUCAACGACCAAGACGACAUCCCGUUCAAGGACAUUGCGGAGCAAACCCGGAUCGAGGACGCUGAGCUGCGGAGGACACUGCAAAGUCUGGCGUGUGGAAAGAAGAGGGUCCUGAGGAAAGUCCCACCUGGGCGUGACGUGGAAGACGGAGACGUCUUCAAGUUCAACGCCGACUUUACCGAUCCGCACCACCGCGUCCACAUCAACACCAUCCAGGCUAAAGUCUCCGCUGAGGAAUCGAAGCGCACCAACAUAUCCAUCGAGUCCGACCGUAUCCACACCAUCGACGCAGCGAUCGUUCGAAUCAUGAAAGCCAAGAAGGAACUGAACUAUGAGCAGCUGAAAGUGGCUACGAUCGACGCUGUCAAGAACCACUUUGUUCCGAGUGUGGAUCUCAUCAAGAAGAGUAUCGAUUCGCUGGUGGACAGGGACUACCUCACGAGGAACGAGGAGGAUAUGUCCAAGUUUGUGUACGUUGCGUAAGGUGAGAUGAGGUGGUUUGUAUUACGGCGGCUUCAAAAGCGGGUGCCGAAGGUCAAUACGAGUAGGCACAUCAUUGAACGGCUAUAUAAACUACAGUUGAAGCCCUU